GAGUAGGAGUCUGCUUUGCAUCAUACUUGCUUGUCAACGACAAUGGAUAUUUUUCUCGAUAAAAAGUUGAGUGUUUCGUCUGCCUAAAUGUAUUGUUAUGAGAUAAGUAGCGUAUUAAUCAUCGACUUUGAAGGGAGUACUCAGUGUCGUUGCAUCUAUCGAAGGAAAUGUUCAAUUUAAUAGUUUUUCAUGUGGUGAUUCUUUUGGGCUUAAUUGGUCCACCUACCGCAACAGCAAUGAAUAAUAAUUUGACGGCCAUCACGUGGGCUCACGCUGUAAACAAUCAAUCACUUUUGAAUAGUGUUCUUAGCAGUGACAUUCAAUUCAUCGAAGCAGACAUUGUGCUAGGAACAUUAAUAAAUGAUACGACUCAUACACAACAGCCAAUCAUGGCCCAUCCGCCAGCCAACACAUCUGACAUAUCACUCGAUCAAUUUCUCACCCAAAUACUCGAUUUCAAUAAGGCAAAAGAUGUGGACAGCAAAAAAGGGGUGAAAUUAGACUUCAAAUCGAUUGACGUAUUCGAAGGAUCAUUGGCUCUACUGCGCAGCCUCUGGGAAAGUAUGAACUAUCCGGUGUGGAUCAAUGCCGACAUUCUUCCCGGUCCAGUGAGUAGUACAGGAACACCGGUCGAUGCCGAUCGAUUUUUGACGGGAUGCAAAUCACUGACGUCUUCCGUUUUGAGCAUUGGAUGGACAACGCGAUGGGGGAAUGAUUUCACUGAGGGUACAUACAAUGACACGCAAAUCGAUGGCAUGAUAGACGCAAUUAAGGAGAACCAAAUCAUCGGCUCCAAUCAUUCCAUUACAUUUCCGGUACGGGCUGGAAUAGCUGCACAAAGCCAACAGAAUUUGCAUCGACUAGUUGAUGCGGUCAACGAGAAAAAUGACGUAACGCUGACGAUAUGGUCGUCUGCUGGUGACUCUGUCAACGUCGAUUCGCUGAGAAAAUUGAUAUUCUCGUUCGGUGUGGACAAAGUUUAUGUGGACGUACCGGAGGAGUUACUGAAACAAUUGGAUCUGGGGAAUGCACCUGCCCGAGCUUCGUCACUAAUUCAUUUCGGAAUGAUUACGGUCGUCAUGUUGUUAACCAGUUUUAUGUUUAGCAAUUGUCAGUUCUCGUAGAUUUUUGACGAAUACAUUUGAUAAAUUUGAAGCGAC